CUCAGCCCUGUCCCCGACCGCGCCGCAGCAGCAGCAGCAGCAGGCGGUGGCGGGCCCUGCCCAGCUCGCGUGCAGCCACCUCCCUCCCGGCAGCGGCGCCAGGCUGCGUUUGGUCCCGGCUUAGGGCCCCCGCCCCGCCCUGUCCCCGCAUCGCGGGGGCGGGGCCUGCACUCGUCUGCGAGCCACGGCCCGGGCGCGGGCGGGUCACGUGGUGGAGGUGUGGCCGCGUGGCCGGUCUCCUAGCAACGCGGGAUGGCGGCGACGGGCGAGCAGCAGGGCCGCGAGUACCUGGAGCGCUACAAGAUCCCGGAGCUGCUGCACAACCUGAGCGCGCUGCUGCUCUACCACCGGCCCGAAAGACCAAGAGAGUUUUUGAUACAUGCACUGGAAAGAGUGAAGCUUGCAAAACUAACUGAUGCAGAAUAUCCUUAUCUUGUGGAUGAAUCAAAUUUGGAUGCCAUGUUUGAAAUGCUGGACACUGCAAGUCAAGGCUAUAUAACUUUAGUGCAGUACAAAGGAGCUCUCAAAACCUUGGGGUUAAGUACUCAAGAUUUGCCUUAUGAAGAAGAUGCAACUAUCACAUUGGAAAUAUUCAAGAAAGAAGUGAAGAAGUUGUUGCAGGAGAGCUGGGCAAUAUAUCAACCUUAAGCAGCUGUCUGCUAAAAAUAAUUUUUUUUUUAAAGUCUUAUCUUUGAGUUUGUUUUUAUUUUAAUUUCCUUUUGGCAACUGAUAGUGUUUCACUUAUCCAAAUAUAAACUGAGUAGCAUGAGCAUAGUAUGUAAAAAGAUGAAUUAUAUGGUGCUAGUUUAAAUAAUCAGAAACUACUCAUUACACCUGAGGAACGUC